CAACCAUAAUGAUAAUAAUAAAAAAAUAUUUCUCAAUUAUCGCAAGCAAUAAUUUGAUUUUAAUAAUUAAGGUUAUGAGCACAGGGAAAUUAUCAUAGAAGUAAUAAUCUCUUUGAAAAUUAUUUUGGAUGCAUUCUCAUCAGAAUAUCAUUGUGUUAUAAAUCACGAUUCGCGAUCGAAUGUUAAUUUCACAAUCGCUGGAUUGUUGCUAUUAGCCACUUACCUCUCACAAGUAAAGUAAAUUUAUUUCACAGUUGUACAUAUUCACAGCCAGUUUAAAAAUAGGGAAGUUUUAUCUAAUAGAUAAAUAAAAUAUUUAUUACGAGUUUGAAAUGGGGGAAGUAAAUCCUACUUCAUCUAAUGCAACGAUAGCUUCAAAUGAUGGACUUGUAGACAAUUGGCAAGCUUCAAGAGAAAAAGUCAGUGAACGGUUUGGAUAUUUGUUUAACAAUGAAAAAUUAGCUGAUAUACAUUUCAUUGUGGGAAAGUGUACUAAACAACAACGGAUACCAGCACAUAAACUCGUUUUAUCUGCUGGGAGUGUUGUCUUUGAAGCAAUGUUUUCUGGUCCUUUAGCAACAACAUCCGAUGAAAUGGAAUUACCUGAUGUUGAACCACUAGCAUUUUUAACGUUUCUUAAAUUUAUUUAUUCGGAUGUAGUACAAAUAUGCCAAGAAACAGUAAUGUCCACUUUAUACAUAGCCAAAAAAUAUUAUGUGUCAGCUUUAGAACGGCAUUGUGUGGAUUUUUUAAAAAGUAACUUAAAUGCUAAUAAUGCUUUUUUGUUGUUAACGCAAGCCCGUUUAUUCGACGAACCACAGCUAGCAGAAUUAUGCUUAGAUACAAUUGAUAAAAACACAAAGGAUGCAAUUGCUGCGGAUGGAUUUACGGAUAUCGAUUUGGAUACAUUGAUUGUUGUAUUAGAACGUAACACAUUAUUAAUUGAGGAAUUCAAAUUAUUUGAAGCCAUUGAACGUUGGACGAAAGCAGAAUGUGCUAGGAAAAAAUUACCUUUAACAUCAGAAAGUAUGCGUUCUGUUUUAGGUCGAGCAUUUGGGUUAAUACGUUUCUUAUUGAUGUCUAUUGAAGAAUUUGCUUUUGGGCCAGCUAAAAGUGAUUUAUUGAAUGAUCGUGAAGUUAGGGAAAUGUUUCUAUACCUAACCAAAGUAAAUCCAAAACCAACUGAUGGAAUCUUAGAUGUGCCAAGAUGUGCUAUGACUGGUAAAGAAAAGUCCGUGAAUCGAUUUCCACAAGUUGUUGGGAAUUGGAGCUUUGCCACUCCCAUCAAUAGAUAUGAUUGUAUUCAAUUUUCGGUUGAUAAACGUAUUUUUGUCGUGGGUUUCGGUUUAUAUGGGUCGAUUAAUGGACCGGCCAUACAUGAGGUACACUUAAAUUUGAAAAGAUCAGUAACAGGUGUGGUACGUGGAUCGGAAAAAACUUCAUUAAGUAGCAAUGGCUCAAGUUCUCCAUACCGAGUGAUGUUCCAGAGCCCUAUUGAAAUAUUACCCAAUACAUUGUAUACGGCUAGUGUUAUAUCUAAGGGGCCAGCUACAUAUUCUGGAAUUAAUGGGAAGAGCACAAUUACAAUUGAUGGUUCAACUUUUCAAUUUUCUAAUAAGUUGGAAAUACAUUCCAAUAAUCUAACAAGUACAGAAAGUGGACAAAUACCGGAAAUUAUAUUUUAUUCGUGAACGCAGAAAGUAUUUACCUGAAUAUUUAUAUAUACUUUUUUGGGCAUGCAAAAUUGUUGUUUUCCAUGUAAUGUUGAAUGCACACCGCACGUGAUUAGCAACGGGUGACUAGCAAAUAUAGAAAGAUAUAUCACUGCAGUCUAUGAAAUUAUGAUUAAACUCUAAAUUUUUCAAUCAUCAUAAAUUUAUUAUACGCAGUUGCUAAUCGCUUAUCAUCCACCUCCUUGUGUGUGAAUUCAUCAUAAUGGCUUCUUCUGGUCGAUAAGCAGUCACAGUGAAUUAUAAUGUCUUACUAGACACUCUAUAAUUGACUACUUGAAAGUAAACGAUUGUCAUUUUGAUUCCUAGCGCUAUUUUUGGUCAAACAGUCAAUAAUUACGUACUUGUAAAAAGUUAUUGUGAUAAUGUAUUUUUUAAGAAAUGUAACAAUUAUAUGUAAAUAAAUGAAGU